AUUACAACGUUUAUUUUGAGAAAUUAAAACCGUACUUAAACUAGGUGUUUACUUUUUAAUAGUUAGUAAUUGACAAUAGCAGCCAACAAUGGAUAAGUCAGAAGUGCGAAACAUAUUCAUGCAAAACAUCAAUGAAUUUCUAUCACAGGUUCAAUUAAAUGCAAUGUUUAUGAAACUGUUGGAAAAACAUACCUGCGCCAAACAGUUAUUAGCCUCACUAAAUGAAAUUCCGGCUGAUAAUGAGUACGCUAAAAAGUUUUUCAUAUUCACCGAGUUCAAUCGCGAUCGGGAGGCGUGCAACGAGCUUGUUGAGAUAUUGAUAAAGUGUGAACAGGGUGUCGCGGCUGAAGCACUGAAGGGGUAUAACCAGUCGUCCACAGCCGCCAUCACGUACUCAACAGAAGUCAAGCUCGUCGUUAAGGACGCGCAGACAUUAAGGUCGGGCGCCUCCCGCCACGGUUACGAUGAUAUGAUCCAGGGUAGUGGCCAGGGUCAGGAUGUUAUACCCAUCAAGACUAUUGUGGAGCAGUUUUCGGACCGUAAUUGUCACUCGACUCUGCGUCAGAAGCCGAAAAUCUUUGUGUUCAAUUGCUGCCGAAAUAAACAAAAUAGUGCACCGGACAAUAGACAGAACUCCAUUGAGAGGGACUGGAUGGACGACACCACUCGCACCUACAUAUGCUAUUCAUGUGCUGAGGGCAUUCAAGCGUUUUACACCGACAGCGGGUACACCUUAUUUGGACAGGCGUUCAGUCAUUGUAUUGCUGAACAUGCGUGCGACUUUAGCUUGACACAACUAUUUUACAAGACGUGUGACCAAUUGCAAAGAGCUGAAGUACAGCAACGACCGGAAAUGUAUACGAAAAAUAUGGACAGGGAUUUGUAUUUUAACCCGGGUCUCUAUAAGGAGAGAUAA